AGGCCUUGAGCGUCACAUCAGCACCAAGCGGGAAGCAGCAGCAGCAGCAGCGGGCUGGUUGGUGGUUGAUGUUGUUGGUGAAGCGGUUUGAGCACACUGGACUACUUUCUGCUAUUAUUCAGCUAGCAAGCAGGCUAGCAGUUCAGCUAAAUAAGGAGCAACUGAAGGACUGAACAUGCCGAGAGAAAUCAUAACGCUCCAGCUGGGACAAUGUGGAAAUCAAAUUGGUUUUGAGUUUUGGAAGCAGCUGUGUGCAGAGCAUGGCAUCAGUCCAGAGGGGAUUGUUGAGGAGUUUGCUACUGAAGGGACGGACAGAAAGGAUGUGUUCUUCUAUCAGGCUGACGAUGAGCACUACAUCCCCCGCGCAGUCCUCCUGGAUCUGGAGCCGAGGGUGAUCCACUCCAUCCUCAACUCUCCUUACGCAAACCUGUACAACCCGGAGAACAUCUACCUCUCUGAGCACGGUGGAGGUGCUGGGAACAACUGGGCUAGUGGAUAUUCACAGGGCAAAAAAAUCCAAGAAGACAUCUUUGACAUCAUUGACCGGGAGGCAGAUGGCAGCGACAGUCUGGAGGGAUUCGUCCUGUGUCAUUCCAUCGCUGGGGGGACGGGCUCGGGACUGGGAUCCUACCUGCUGGAGAAACUCAAUGACAGGUACCCAAAGAAGCUGGUGCAGACUUACUCUGUUUUCCCGAACCAGGAUGAGAUGAGCGACGUGGUCGUUCAGCCGUACAACUCGCUGCUCACGCUGAAGAGGCUCACCCAGAAUGCAGACUGCGUGGUGGUGUUGGAUAACACGGCUCUGAAUCGCAUCGCCACCGACAGGCUGCACAUCCAGAACCCCUCGUUCUCCCAGAUCAAUCAGCUGGUCUCCACCAUCAUGUCUGCGAGCACAACCACGCUGCGCUACCCGGGCUACAUGAACAACGACCUUAUUGGCCUGAUUGCAUCGCUCAUCCCCACACCUCGCCUCCACUUCCUCAUGACUGGAUACACACCGCUUACUACUGACCAGUCGGUUGCUAGUGUGAGGAAAACCACGGUGCUGGAUGUGAUGAGGAGGCUCCUGCAGCCCAAGAACGUGAUGGUGUCCACAGGAAGAGAGAGGCAGCCGAGCCACUGCUACAUCGCCAUCCUGAACAUCAUCCAGGGAGAGGUCGACCCCACACAGGUGCAUAAAAGCCUCCAAAGGAUCCGAGAGCGUAAACUUGCCAGCUUCAUUCCCUGGGGUCCCGCCAGCAUCCAGGUGGCUCUGUCCAGGAAGUCGCCGUACCUGCCCUCGGCUCACCGAGUCAGCGGCCUGAUGAUGGCCAACCACACAAGCAUCUCCUCCCUGUUUGAGCGGACGUGCCGGCAGUAUGACAAGCUGCGUAAGCGCGAAGCCUUCCUGGAGCAGUUCCGCAAAGAGGACAUAUUCAAGGACAACUUUGACGAGCUGGACAACUCUCGCGAGGUGGUCCAGCAGCUGAUAGACGAGUACAGCGCAGCCACGCGGCCUGACUACAUCUCCUGGGGAACGCAGGAACAGUGAAACUGACAUUUUCUCUUGUAUCUCAACUACAACUCAGUCAGCAUACACGAUUAGCUAGUUUAGUCUAACUCAUUUUCUCCUACUCUUAUAUAGGUGUCUCAAAAUACAUAGGCUAUAGCUGCUUCUCUGAAAAUGAAUAUUUAUUGGCUGUUAUAGAAGGUAUGUUUGUGACUCAAAAUUGAAAAGAGACUGAAGUGAAGGAUGAGUGUUAACAGCUGUUAUUAUAUCAACAAAAAAAAGUAAAAUAACUUUUUCUGGACUGUAUCACAUCCAUGAGAUUCUCAAACUCAAACUCAAAGUAUCCCCCGAGUUGCGAAAAGGUCAGAAAACUCGCAUGACUCGCUGCCCGACAACCUAUCCUAACCCUAACCAUUCAUGCCCUACCAUAACCAUCUCGCAAGAGUUUCACAACUUGGGGUGUUACCUUCUAAACACGACCCAAACCCAGUUUAAAUAAAUCAAUCAGUCCAGUGAAAGUGAAAGUUAAUAGUACUUAAGCUCCGUGCUAAAAGCAUCAAUAUAUCUUGUACAGAACAAUCUCUAAAUGUCUGUUAAUAGUUGUUUUUUCCUCUUUCCUAAACUCCGCUUUCCCGCCUUGUAGCCUUAUUUUUUUCCCCGCAGCAAUGUCAAGACAACCUGUUGCCUUGUUUUGGUCUAUUUUUAUACAGUACUUUUGUUUUUGUGCAGUUGAUUUACAGUGAAACGUCCACCGCCUACGAAAUGGUUGCCUUGAAUAAAUGGGAGCAGGAUUGACAGAAAGUG